AUGGAGAUUCAUUCAGUACUGCCAGAGGAAAGAGCGAGAACAGAAAAAGGUGAAACCUUACCAUGGGGCUAUAGAUAUGCAGACACAGCAAAAAAUGCCCGUCAACUCGAAGAAUCAGGUCCAUUUGGUCGCAACCGUAGCGUACGAUACACCUCCUCCACUGGCCGUCGUGCAAGUACCAGACAAGGCACGACCCCAUCCCGAACGAAAGAGAACAACGCAGUAUCCGAUUUCUCGCGGCUCUUUGCGAAGGAACAGGCAGCCUAUCCACAAACUGUUCUACCUACAGACGUAGAUGCUGUUCCGAUAGAAUCAGUGCCCACCGAAUGCUUACUCUACGGCUAUGCUGGGAAGAUGUCAGAAUGGAAGGUCCUGUCCAAAUUCGAACGAGCAGUUGCACCAGGCAUAAUAUGCGAAGACUAUGCGAGAGAAGAUCCGAACUUGUUUCAGAACUCCAACUCGCCCAUGGGAUUCAAUCGCUCUUCGAUAGUGGUACACAAGAACUUAUCGAGAGAGGCGUUGGAAAAAGCAAGAGUGUACAGGGGUGGCAACCACUGGAUAAAAGUCACGUUCGAUAGCUACGAGGCAGCGGAACGAGCCUGCUUCUAUAGUCCACUUGAGAUUGAUGGAUGCGCAGUACACUGUGAGAUGUGGAACAAUAGAGGCCCCUCAAACGACGUCGCGAUACCCAAAGGCAUGGAUGGCGCAGGAGAACUUAUCUCGACACAAAGGGCCCGAACGAUCGGCGUGAUGGGCGGAAGAGCAUCAGCUGUAGCAGGCUUCGAACAAGCCAUGGGCGGCACAUUACCACGAUCGCACGUCGUGCCAGCUACACAAUACGGUCAACCACGAACAACAGACGACAUGGACGCCUCAUCCACCACAGCAUCUUCAGCGACCGCAACCGAAGCUCAAUCAACCUCACUAACCUCCCCAAUACCAAAGUCCACAGCAAGUCUCCGAUCCCGCUCACAACCCAACCUCCCAUCUCAAAUCGAACUCGCAAACUCUCCCACAUCCCUAACCCAAUCUCAAUCACAACCCCAAUCACAAUUCAUGUCCCGCGCCCCCAAAGUCCGCAAAGUAGCUCUCCGACCCAUCUCCGAAGCUCUUCCACCCCGACAAUCCCUAGUCGAACGUGUACUAAGGAGUCUACCCGUCGUCAACUGGGUGUUAGGGCUGACAGUCCCAUCACCAGCUGAGCAGAAAGGAGAAAAGACUGGCGGAGGAGGAUUGAUUGGUGAAGGUCCUGUGAUACAAGAGGAUGGAAGUUGGGAUAGUAGGUCGAAUGGGUGGUAUUGGAAGUUGUGGUAUACGAUUGAUAAGUGGACAGGGAGUGAUUUUUGUGGGUUGAAGGAGGAUUGA